AGUUUGUUUUUCUUUGGUUUGGUUUGAAUUUCAUAAUUUUGUUGGGAAUUACAAAAGUUAAGAUUGUUUUUAAAAUACUGAAAAAAUAUGGUCUUGGGCGAUGUCCGUUUCAACAUGUUGUCAAUGUAGUUCUAUCAAAGUAUUCUAAAUCUGGUCCAAAACGUUAUAUCGAAAUAUAUGUAGAAUACAUCGCCACUAUGGGAGACGUUACAAUUCCGUUAUUAAAAAGACAUCUGCAUCAAGCAAUUACCUAUUUGAACCCAUUUCUUCCUUAUCUGAACGCGCACAUGACAAAAUUUUUUUCGGAUAAUCUGUGGCAAAGAAACGUCCCACUUAAUAUCCAGAGUGAAAUCCGAACAGACGCUGAUGUAUACGAAGCAAUCAAAAUUUAUCGGCAUCAUUUGAAUCCGAGUGUAGAUUCCACCGCAGACUCGGACUGUUUCAAAAACUUUCGAGCAUUUCUACGGAAUACAAAACCAUUUUACUUAGAUUCGUACACAGACGUAUGGAUAUCGCCGAGUGAAUUAAAUCGAGAACUUAAAAUGGCUAUCGGAGAUGAAGUGCAUAUGAGUGAAGGUUUUAUGCCGCAGAAGAAGCGACAUGAGGUCGAAGCAGUUGCGAAUGUAAUAGCGACAAUUUGUUCGAUGAGUAAGGAAAAUGGGAAACUGUGCGUCAUUGAUGCUGGUGAUGGGAAAGGUUACUUGUCGUCCCAUCUUUCACUCGCCUAUGGUAUAAAAGUCCUCGGAAUUGAUUCAGAAUGUUCCAGAACAUCUGGUGCAUCAAUUCGGUAUACCAAAUUAGUAGAACAGUUAAGGAAGAUCCGAAGGAAAAACCAAAGUACAAAUGAAGCUCAACUUGGAUUGUCAUCAAUCGAGACGAACUAUCGUAAUGUUACACAUUACAUUACACCUCAAACGGAUUUCCUCGAUCUUUUGAGUAAAGAAUUCAACGUGCCGAAAAAGGAUAUCCGUGGCCUAUGUUUAACUGGUCUACACACUUGCGGUGAUUUGGCUUCAACGUGCCUGAAAAUCUUUUGCGAGAGCAAUCAAAUCUCGGCUAUUUGCAACAUUGGUUGUUGCUACCAUCUGACCACUCAACGAUUCAACGAUACGCAUCAAUUCAAUUAUAGCCCUGCCUUGGAUCACCACAGACCGCUACUUGGUUACGGGUUUCCACUAAGCCGUUAUUUGAUCGAAAAACAAAUCGGUUUCGAUGUAACAUCCCGGCAAGUAUCGACAAUUUCAGUACAUCGCUCGGUUAACCUGACCGACAACGAUGUCAGAUAUCGAUGUCUUUUCCAACGGGCUUUGCUUGAGAUAUUGAUUCAACGAAUGUGUCCACAGUAUUACGGAACGACAGUCACAGGACGAAUUCGGCUGGCAAAUUUUACGGAUUACAUUCGGAAAGUAAAUUGUCGAAAUGAACAUUUGAAUUUUGAUGAGGAACAUAUUUCCGAUGAGAAAUUGGACGAACUCUAUGACGAAUUUAGAAAACAAAUUCCAUUUUUGAUUUUGUACCACCAAAUGCGCGACUCGUUGGGCAGUGUAAUUGAAACAAUAUUUGUAUUGGAUCGGUUAUUGUAUUUAAAAGAACAACAGCAACGUAACGAUGUAUCGUUUUUAGUAAAGUUUUUUGAUUCUACCAUAUCGCCGAGAUGUUACGGUCUUGUGGCCAUUAAAAAUUUCUUAUAAAAUUACAAUUCUGCCUUUUGAGACUUGAAACUG